CUCACAUCAACCCCCAAUCGCCCUGCAGCGCGGCGAGAAGGACUAGCGCGAGAGCUUACGAGGCUCGAGCACGUGAAACGAGAUUAAUCGAGUCCAUCGCCUUACCAAGCAAGCAGUAUAAAACAACAGCAGUAUGACCACCCUUCACAACGCCCCACGCUCCCUGCUCUACAAUGGUUCGCAUCGCUACUGUAUUCGGUGCCACUGGGACCUCAGGCUCCUCCGUGGUGCACGCCCUUCUCAAGGACGGCAUCUUCAAGCCACGCGCAGUGACGCGCAAUGCGAAUUCUGAGUCUGCGCGCAAGCAGGCAGCGCUGGGAUGCGAGAUUGCGGAGGCCGAGCUAGCUGACAAGGAGGCCGUGAAAAGGGCUGUGACUGGCGCUGAGUGCGUUUUUCUGGUUACCAUCCCGUUCACGGCGGUGUCGGAGGUCAUACAGGGCACCAACGUCGUCGACGCAAGCAAGGAAGCAGGCGUCCAAUUCGUUGUCUUAAGCACGCUACCUCAUAUGUCAAAUCUGUCGCAUGGCAAAUAUUCUGGUUCUCAUUGGGACGACAAGGCGAUCAUACAGAAGCACCUCAUGGCUUCUGGCUUAGCCCACGCAGGUGUCGGCACUGGCCACUUCCUCGAAAACCUGAGCGAGAAGAUGGCGUUCGGCCCUCUCGCAGGACGAUACCCCCUCGAGAAAACCGACGAUGGCCUCGUGCUGCACUCCUUCGCAAAGCCCGAGGCCACCUAUGUCCAGUCGUGGAUCAGCCGUGAUAUGGGCCCGAGCGUUGCGGCGCUGAUGGCCAACUACGCUAGUCAUUUGGAUGAGAUCAAUGGCAAGACCUUUGUCGUUGCGACCGAGCUGUCGAGUCAAAAGGACUUCGCGGAGCACUUGAGCAAGGGUCUCGGCCAGCCAGUGCAAUUCGACUAUGUGGGCAGCACCGGGCUGGAGGCGGUAGACAAUAUGUUCGCAUUCUGCGUUGAGUUUGAGACCUACCCAGGUAUCGAAGUACCUGAUCGUCGCCUCGAGAAGUUCGGCGUGAAGAUGGGCACGGUAGAGGAGUUCGCUCGCAGCGUUCUCCUUCCUCGUUUUGCGUAGGUAAUCGAUGUAAAUAGUCUCUAUGUACUCACUCGAAUGAAUUGAUGCGUCGUAC